CACAUAUAUAUUGCGAGCUCAAUGGCAGCAUUUGAAGACCACCAAGCUCACUACCUAGAGAUUUCUGCUCAUAUCCAAGCACGCAUUUACACCUUCACACACCGCACGAUCUUCAGAAUACAUUGCGAACAUGGCACCCAACUCAUCUCACCUAGCGGAUGAAAAAUAUCGAUAUGAUCUUGUGGUUUCUACAACCCAGGAAAGCAUCAAUGCCGGCUUGUUGCAGUACCUGCAAAACACAAGCACGACUCAGCCAUACCAGUACCUUUUCUACAUGGCCGACCAGCAAGGUGCCACAACUGUCAGACUGACGUUGACCGAACUACUAAGCAAGAGUGGUAAUGUGAAUCCUUUCGAUAUUCCGAACGACACGGAUACCACCGACCCCAGAAUCCAAAAUCUUUUCGCCGCUCGUUUUGUAUGUGGCGUUCGCCUUCGGGCGGGAGUUCCUCCCGGCCUUGUUCAGAGUGUCCCUGGAAAAGGUCCCCAGAUCAGGCUUCCAGCUCCCAUCGUUACGCUAGGAAGGAGCGCAGACAACGUCAUCUUCAACAUGUAUUGCUCAGAUGUCACUCUGAUUAGUUUUCGCCCUUCAGGAGGAUACAACCCGGGAACCUGGAAAUGGUAUUCGCAGCCGUCUGGAACUCCCUGGUACGUUUCGACCAGGACUGAUAUCACUAGCCAGAACCUGAACAAGGAUCUGGAUACGCCUUACUUCAACAAGAAUCCGGAGCUGAAGAAGCAGCUGUUGGCUCGCUUGAACAAUCUUUCAGGGUCCGCUUUCAGUUUGCAGCAACUGUUGUUCAACCUUGAUAGCGCCGUUUCGCAGACGGUACCCAGCUUCGUGGGUGUCGGCGACAAAGACGCCAGUCAUUUACUUGGCUUAGCGUUCGCCGACCUCUGGGCUAGUGAGGCUAAAGAACAAGGGUUGCCUCUUGUUGGAGUGACCGCCGUUGCGCAAUAUCCUGACGGGUCACCUCUGCGCUUGACAGGCCUACUACGAUCCGUUAGUCCUGUCGUUGACUCAUCAAUAGGAGCCCCGAUCGACAACCCUUCUCAGCUGCAGACAUCCGCUACCACGCUGAAUUAUCUGUGCGCCACUGGUGGACGUUCUGUGCCGGGAGCUUCCAGCUUCUCUUGGAACUGGAUCGAGCCUCAGGAUAUUUCUCAAUCUAGUGGCGUCAUGUCUGUCAAGAGGGAUGUCAUUGCAGCCUACUUUGUCGAGCAGAUGCUUCCACAGGCCAAGAAAUCUUGCAUCAAACCAUGGACAGACGUCGACGCAUACGAUAUAGUCGGCGGCGUUAGUUACUAUUGGAGUUUCGCAAGGGGUCAGCAGCCUAGUGUGACAUACCACAAGAGUGGCGCUACCGUUGCAUCAUUAUCUUACUCGGAUGUAGCGCGAGCAAGUGAUAGCAUGGCCCUCACACAUGGGGAACUCAACAUAACGAGCACCUACACAUGCGACUUCGUCUCGGGAAAAUUGAAACUCUUCGGCAUGACUUUUGGGGAAGCCAAUGAAGUCACCAUAACGCAGCAUCUCAAGGUUUCCGUCUACUGCCAAUGGGCAGCUUCUGGUGCCUCUGCUAAUGUUGUCGACAAGAUCCUUAGUGACGCGUAUCUCGUAUCCGUUGACAGUCAUGGUAGCCUCAGUAUGGUCUCCCACCCUGACCCGAAGAAACAUACCCUGACGGACAAUUCCCAAUCCGGAAGCGCAAGCGGGAUCAUCAACUUCUUCACUCACAUCAACGACUUGAUUGACGACGUAAGAGGCAAAAGUGGAGAUUUUCUGGGGGCGUCGAUCAACCCGAUCCGCUUCGAUCAGUUGAAGAGUUUUGUCUUUCCCGGAGCUAGAGUCUUCUCCUACAAGACCGCAUCGUUCUCCGACUACCAGGACCUGGUCAGCCUGAUCACGUACAUAAAUCCGACCGACGAUCAGUUCGGCCGGACAGCACCUAUAAUGGAAGCGGACACUGUUACUGCAGAGAAGCCAAUGCAGUUGGAUGAAGUGUCUCCUAUGGCCGUGGCUAUCGAACAAGCCAGAGCUAAGGGAAUGUUGGGGCCGGUUCCGGCAGUCCAUCAGGACGUGGAACAUGCCCAAAAGGCUGCUCUCAGCACGAAAACAGAACAAUCUGGCGUUGAGCCAUUCGUAGUGAAAUCAAACGCCCAGGGUUUCACCAUUACUGCUGCUAAAUCAGCAGAAAAAGCCAAUGGUACGAGUCGCCCUUUUCCUCUUGCCGCUCCAGUGUCCAUCCCCAUACCUACGGGAUCGCUAGGCGGCAAAUUCCAAGUUUCUAGCAUCACCGAAAUGAUGCUGAAUUAUGUACAGGGACAGUUGGUUGAUCCAACGGGCGAGUUUCGCGCCCUCCAGAUGGCCAACGGCACCCCUCUACUAUUCGCUAUCAACGCGUCGAAAUCUCUCAAUAUCUUUAGAGAGGUUCUUGGAGAAUCACAGACGGGUUGGGUUGUGGACGAUAUCUCUUCUGCAACUGUGGAACAAGCUUUUGGAACUGGGGCGACAGUGGAAGCUUUUGGAGUCAACCAAAGCGUGAUGGAUGAAGGAACCAUUGGCCUCGGUAUGGCAGUCUGCAAAGGCGGCUCUGACACUCUUUUCUUAUCUCUCUCAAAUGCACCAGACACAACAUCGUCUUGGACGUCUCAUCCAAGUUGGCGAGCAUUCCCUUUUGAUGCGCCCAAGGGCCCGCAUCCCGUGCAAAUCACAAAAAUCAUGUUUUCUGAAACUGAUCAAGGCAUUCAAUACAUCAUGGUUGACAUCCUUGAAAACCCUUCGUCAUCUCUCAAGACAACAGCACGGUAUAUUGUGGACCCAUCUUCGACCACCACCCACUGGAUUCCCCACACACUGCCCUUUGAUGUGGAGAAGGGUACGUACAGUAGUUGCAUAGGCCGUGUCGCACAAGGAAUGAUAGACGGGAUAUACACUGCUGGUACGGUCCAGGGUGCCCCUCAGCUUGUUUACGUGCCAAUGUUCAAUCUAUCUGGGGAUGCGGCUCCAAUGCCAACACGACUGACGCUGCCUGGUCAGACGCACGCGACGGCUAUCGCAUCAAUGCGACAUAUCGACAAGUCCUCUGCACUUUAUGGUUCCACGGAUCUUUACGCUAUCGGGAAGUCAACUCUGUAUCGGUGGGCGGCGGAUGAGCAGCUUAGAGAUGGCACUGCAGGGAAGCCAAUCAUGACGAACGAACUGCUCUCCGGCACCGACUCGCUGACUGCUAUGACCCACGACGGCAUAGUCACUCUGUUCGGUAAGAACGGCAGUAAUACGGUGUACUACACUUCCUGUCCUGUACUCAAACUGGCCGAUUCCCAGGCAUGGAGCAUCCCCGUCCCCAUCUUGAGCAACGUUGAGCGUAUUGCUUCUUUCUGCAACAUUCGCGAUGGAGGCAACACCGUGUUUGCUGCUGGUGGCAACCGUAUCCAACGUGUGAUCCAGGCAACAAACACGGAGUCUAAGAUCUGGCAGAGUCAGCCAAUCACGCUGUCAGCUCCUCCACAGCAGAAAGCCCUGUCCUUCAAAUCGUACACGACGACCAUAAAAGUCACAGAUACGGAUGGAAUUGUUUCUCCGGGAACUCAAGUCACUCUUACAACUCCAUCUCGUACUCCUGUGUAUAUUGAGGGCCUUUACUACAUCCUUUCACCAGUCCCGGUCGUCCUGAAGACCAAUAAUGCGGGACAGAUCACCAUCAUCCAAGCGACUGAGAGCAUCAUCGGGUCCGUCAUUACAGCCACGGUAGAGGGCGCUACUAGCAUAGUGAACCCCAUGGAACAAUCGUUCGCAAAAUUAUCGGCGCUCACGGAUAGGGCGGCUUUGAGACAAGCACAUUUCACCCCGAAUACAAUCGCUGGUGGUGUGAGUGGGCCCAAGCAAACCACUCCGUUGAUCUCGCCGUCCGCGACGAACGAGGAUGUGGACAGCACAGCUGAGUGCAUCCGGAAGUUGAAGGAGGCUUAUGUUCUGACGAAGAAGAUGUCACUGUCUUCCACUGCACCGGCUGCUAUUGAAAACGUAUCAGAUAUCGCCAAAACUGCCACUUUCGGCUUGGGCGAUUAUAUUCGGGUGGCCGCUGGAGAUCUUUUCAAUUGGUUGCGGACUGGAGUGAACCAUGUGAUACAGGUGAUCAAGGACGCGGCCAGUGGUGUCUGGCAAUUUGUCGUCAAUAUUGCGGGCAAAGUGUAUCAUACGGUCUUGGAUACCGUAGGCGCCAUCGUCGGCGCCCUCGAGUGGGUGUUCAACCAGAUUAAGACGGCCUUGGAAGACCUCAUCCGGUUCUUGGAGGUCUUGUUCCAAUGGGACGAUAUCAAGCGAACGAAGCAGAUCAUGCACAACAUGAUCCGCUUCUAUCUGCAGAACUCCGUAGAGGGCAUCAAGGCUGUGCAGAGCAAGUUCGACGCAUCGAUAGCCGGCGCACAAAUGGCUGUCGCAGAGUGGUCUGGCAUGGAGAAUUGGAAUUCCCUGGGCGACAGCGCAGCUAAACCGCCAAGCGGAAAUGCGACGAACCCUACAAAGGACCAUACUCCGAGCUCGCAAAUGAUGGCUAAUCAUUUCCAAAACAACGCGCACAGUAUGACAUUUCAGGGUCAACUCCCUAAGCCAAGUCUGGUGCAAAAUCUCCUCGAUGAUUUGAUGACAGCCAUCGCAGCCGAGGGCAAGGUAUUCCAGGAGACCUACAACCAACUCAAGGACUUGGCAUCCGACUUCCUCAGCCUAAGUCUCACUGACAUCUUGAAACGGCUGGCAGGAAUUCUUACCGAGACCGUGCUCGGCACAACGCAGGUGGUUGGGGAUGCUCUCUUCAAUGUCAUCUACCACCUUUCGUCUUCUGCCAUUGAUCUUCUGGAUACGAAGAUACACAUACCUAUUCUUUCCGAUAUCCUCAAUGCGAUCGGGGUGCCGGACAUCUCGUUCCUGGACUUGAUCACCUGGAUUGGCGCUACAGGUAUCACUGUCAUAUACAAACUCGCAAACGAUGGUAACGCUCCUUUCCCAGAUGAUGGUACAUCCAAGACUCUCAUCAACGCCCGCAACUGGACCGAGUUUGCAACGGUAUUCAAACCAAACUCCUCACCAUCUAUUUCAGCCAAAUCCACUGCGAUGGAUAUCUCCGGCGCCUCAAUGGGCUCAGGGCUUGUUAAGAUUUCAGAGUCUGUGGGUACGUUGAUUUACUCGAGCGGACAUGCUCUUGCCGGCUUUGUCGCGUUCACAGGAAACUUCUUGUUUUUCGCAGAAGCAAUGGAUCCAAGCCCGGAUAACGUCUUUGGCAUCCCGUCGGCAGUGAUCGGCGUUAUCGGCGCCGUUGCUGCUGCGGGUGCUGAUGCGCUCGUCGCCAAGAUGCCCUUGGAGAACGAAGCAGUAGACUGGAUUGGCAAAGGUACCUCCGCGCUCACCAUCGCGUCGAAGCUUAUCUUCUCUGGCUUUGUGCAAGACAGGCUCGAUGCUGGUGGCAAGUUGAAGUUCCUCAAGGUUGAUGACAACAGACAAACUGGAGCGAUCGUUAACUCCUGCUUGGUUUUUCCGGCAUUGUUCUGCACGUGCUUCCACUUUUAUGAACUUUCGAAAAAGCCAGAGGGCAAAGAACGAUCUUGCGCGAUCAUUGGAGAGACGUCGCAGAUGGUCUCUUGUUUUGGCCAACUCGCCUACACCACCGCGGUACUUGAUCCCGACCCAGCGACCAGAGUGGUUCCCGCUGGCGUUAUGGCCGGAUGCAACAUCGUUUUGUGUGGAUUGGAGACUGGUGCUGCUCUUGUACUUUGAGAUAAUUUUGCGUUUCGAUUUUCGAUCGCGGAAAGGGCAUGAAGUCGGCUCAUAAGAGCGAGAUGUAACUGGAGCGAAGGUCGGACGGCGGUAGCGCGUGACGUGUAGACCGG